AUGGGCGGCCCCAACCUCGAAGUCUUCAAAUUCGGCAUGUACAUCAUGUUCCCCAUCGGCUUCAUGUACUACUUCGGCAUCAACCUCGACUCGCGCUUCGCAGUCCCCGAUUUCUGGCCCAAACGCGACGAGACGCAUCAGAUCCCGUUCGAGAGGGAGGAGAUCGCGGAGGAGUUGGCGAGGUUGAAGCAGAGGAGACUUGCGGCGCGGGCGAGACGA